AUGAGCACUUCGUCCACGUCUUCAUCUUCUGUCUUGCAGACUCCAACUUUAGCGACCCCGUUCAGCCCCGAGCCAUUCUGUACGCAAGAUAUAUACUAUGUCGUCCACCAAGAAAUGCAUUGCCACUACAGCAACGGAUCAACGGUCGCCUGUCGCCAGUUCCAUCUCGGCCCGACGACAAGCACAGCGGCAUGUUUUCCCACGUCCUGGAGUCCGAGUAAGGGCGCAUUUAUAUCGCCGGGUGGGUGUCCUUUUGGGUAUACAAUUGCGUGCUCCGAUACAAAAGAGCUCGAAAAGACAGCGACGUGCUGCCCUAGCGGAUAUAGCUGCCAAGCCCAAACCAAAGGCUUCUCUUGGAUCACGACAGACCUGUGCCGCCAGAGUAUGGCACGUUCGAUCAUAUAUCAAUACACCACAAGUUCUCCAGGCAGAGGCCCGCUGACCACAUCGACGGCCGGAGGGAACACCCUCAAUGCUUAUGGCAUCGCUAUCAGAUGGCGUAUGGCCGACCUUGUAAGCGAGACCCAGCGCUCAAUCGAAACUAAAUCCACGAUCCCGACCCCAAUCCCGAUUAUAGGCACAAUUGAAACUAGCAUCCAGAUCAUGACUAGCCUCGGGAUCACGACAAGCCAUGAGAGCACGCCUAGAACUACGACUACGAUGUCGUCAGCUAUUACGUCGACAACUGUGAGCCCGAGCUUCAACAAUCUUCCGCCAACCGCAAAAAUAGGAAUUGGGGCCGGCGCCGCCGUAGCUGGUAUCCUAGCAAUCGCAGGAGGAUUUCUUCUUUGGAAAUAUUGGCCAACGAGACGUCCCAAAGGAGGGCGUGCAAUCAUACACGAACUACAGCCAGCCGAGGACUCUCAGCCUAUGCGUCGGCCUGCGAGGGAACUGUCGGAACUUACUGGCAAUAAUGGGCUAAAUACAUUUGGACCAAUAUCGGCUUCAAGCUGCCACAGGGGACCGGUCGAGUUACCAGAUCGAUAA